AGCACUUUUGUUGACUAUCUCAUUACAGCAUAGCUAAGUACUCGUUAGGCAACAAUGGACUAGCCUUGCGCUCAGAGAAUGGAAAGGGUAUAAGACUUGAGUUGUUUUUUAAAGCUCAGACAGAUUAGCAUCGCUGGGGAUAGGUUUUUCUCUUGAUCAGAAAGACAGGUUUUUCUCUUGAUCAGAAAGACAGGUUUUUUUUCAGACUAAUUUUCAAGGCUGGAGGACAGGUCAAAGUGAGCUCAUCUCUUGGGGGAAGGAAGGUUUUUCUCCACUUGUUGUCAUUCUGCUCUUGCCUGUAUGCUGAUAAGAAGCCUCAGUGCUCCAGGACCAUACGCACAGCAGAGGGGAUUUUGCUUGUCGUUCUGCACUUUGGGAGUAGAAGGACCUCAGCUCGUUUGCCAUGCCCUUCUUGGAGAGAGAUGCCGACCAUAUGGAUACGGACGGCAUACGGAAGGGUGGAGGAAGUUGCCACUCAGUCAGCCCGACGAAAGGUUUCUUCACCCGGGGACCCUUCAGUCGGCCCUCCAGUCCCAAGUCAGCCCCUGCCAGGACCAAGAACAGCCCAGGCUCCCCCAAAACCAUCUUCCCCUACCAUUCGUCCCAACAGGACUCCCCACCCAAGUCGUCUCGUCGCCUGAGCUUCAGCGGCAUCUUCCGCUCCUCCUCCAGGGACUCUACCUCUAACUCCACCUCCACCUCUCCCGUCAGCAUCAAGGUCUUCUCCAGGGCCAGGAAAGCCUCUGGGAUCUCCUCGCCCCCCUCAACUCCUCCAACGCAGUCCGUCAAGCAGCCGCCGGCGUUCCUGCUGGAGGCCUAUCGGAGUGAGCCGGAGAGGCCGGAGGCACGGAUGCGCUCCUACUCUUCCCCGCCAGACACCGGGCAACGCUUCAGUCUACCCUGCACCAAACCACCCAUGACUCCCUCCGCCCCCAUCUCUACCUCACAAUCACAACCAGUCGACAGUUUAGUUGAAACCAUGCUGAAGAAACUUGAGCUAGAAGAUGAAGCUGUUGAAGAAUCCGAAAGGGAUAUCUACAUGCGCUUUAUGAAGUCACACAAGUGCUACGACAUUGUUCCUACCAGCUCCAAGCUCGUUGUUUUUGACACUACUCUGCAAGUAAAGAAGGCUUUCUUUGCCUUGGUGGCCAACGGGGUGCGGGCAGCCCCGCUAUGGGAGACGAAGAAGCAGAGCUUUGUCGGAAUGUUAACCAUCACAGACUUCAUCAACAUCCUCCACAGAUACUACAAGUCUCCCAUGGUACAAAUAUAUGAGCUGGAGGAGCAUAAAAUUGAAACGUGGAGAGAGCUCUACCUACAAGAAACCUUUAAGCCGUUAGUGAACAUAUCACCUGAUGCAAGUAUAUUUGACGCAGUAUACUCACUCAUCAAGAACAAGAUCCACCGGCUGCCCGUCAUCGACCCAGUCAGCGGAAACGCACUUUAUAUCCUCACACACAAGAGAAUCCUCAAGUUCCUCCAGCUCUUUGUGUGUGAGAUGCCAAAGCCUGCCUUUAUGAAGCAGACCCUGGAGGAGCUGACCAUCGGCACCUACCACAACAUCGCCUUCAUCCACCCCGACACACCCAUCAUCAAGGCCCUGAACAUCUUCGUGGUCCGGAGGGUGUCCGCCCUGCCAGUGGUGGACGAGUCAGGGAAAGUCGUGGAUAUUUAUUCCAAGUUUGAUGUCAUUAACCUUGCUGCUGAGAAGACCUACAACAACCUGGACAUCACGGUGACCCAGGCUCUGAGGCAUCGCUCGCAGUACUUUGAGGGCGUGAUGAAGUGCAACCGGCUCGAGACACUGGAGACCAUCGUGGACAGGAUAGUCAAAGCAGAGGUCCACAGGCUGGUGGUGGUGGGCGACAACGCCCACAUCGUGGGCAUCGUUUCCCUGUCGGACAUCCUGCAGGCCCUGGUGCUCACCCCUGCAGGCAUCGGCAGGAAGAGCAGCCAAGCACAAUCAAAAGCAGAGGCACCACCAGAAACAUUGGUAGAGGCAGAGGCACCACCAGAAACAUUGGUAGAGGCACCACCAGAAACAUUGGUAGAGGCACCACCAGAAACAUUGGUAGAGGCACCACCAGAAACAUUGGUAGAGGCACCACCAGAAACAUUGGUAGAGGCAGAGGUAGCAGGGGCUGGAAACUGAAGCUGAGACCGAGAAUGAGGUAGUGGGGGUUAAGUCUGAAGUUGAGACUGAGAUGGAGAACGCUGAAGCCGUGGCAAAGACUGAGGCAGUGGUGAAGGUAGAGACUGAAGCUGGACCAAAAGAUGCUGAGGGAAAGGCGGCGUAUGUGCUGUGUGUGACUGAUCUGCCGUGACACGGGACAUUCCUGUGAGAGGAAGUUGACUCGGAAGACUGAUGGAAGUUGAACCCCCAGACUGAUGCAUUGUCUGGGCUGAGAAAAGGGUUGGAUCUGACUGGUGGGAUGGGUGGUACAGUCAAAGUGACCCUCUGGGUAACCAGGGCCCUGAUGGGUAAUUUGCUGUGAUAGGGGAGACGUGGUCACAUGGGUGACUGACUCGGGCUGACCAUCCUGGAAUUAUUUUACUAGAGGGUUUGGCGGUGGUGCCUCCUCUUCUCCCCCCUCAAGAUUGUGCAUCAUCACUCCCCUCUACUUUUACCCCCUGGAUGUUCCAUAAAUAACCCCUACCCCCUAGGCCCUCAUUUACACUUGACAUGAGUGGAAAGGUAUUAGCAACAUGGCUAGUAUUCCAGCUAGCCUAUCAGAAGCCCUCAAGGUGGUUUGAGUUAUUAUAAGCUUGUUUUUAGUUGCUGGUUAUUUUCCAUUUGAAUCAUAAUCUUGUCUGCUCUCCUUCAGGGAAAGAGUAUUGAGUUGUUUUUUUCUUUAUUUGCACAAGGUUUUGUGAAUGGAAACAAGGGAUGUCGGUGGCUCUCUGAAAACUACACCCAUUCCCCCUGCUACUUAUGAUGUCCCUGUGACAGUGGGCGGAGCUUGCUGUCCUGUCUUUAACGUCUUUGGUGCCUUUCGAGAGAUUUUUUUUUAAAAGUAUUUUUGAAAGAGAGCGAAAGAGGUGAUGGUAUGACGACUUUGUUGCUCAAUGCAAUUCAAGAAGCAGCAGCUGCCUAUAUACAAUAUAUCCAAUAUGUAUUUACAUUUCUCCAGUUACUUAGAGGCAUGCAAGAUACAUCUUGUACUCUGUAUCGAUCAUACUGGAAAUAUAGAGAAACCUUUGCUACUGAGGAAACUUUAAGUGCCAGAGAAAGGACAGUUAUAUAUUUUUUCUCUUUAGUCAAUAUUGUAAGAUCAUGCUCUUUUUGUAAUAUUUACUGAUCAUUUUCUUGUCAUUCAAAUUUUGAAGUUAUAUUGUUGAUAGACUCAGAUGAGUGGUUUAUCUAUUGAAAAUGAACAGAUGUGUCAUGACAUAAUACAUGUUUCUGUUAUUUAAAGUUUUCUUUUGCUGUUUAAAAAAAAAGUAAUAAAACAUACUACUGAAA